AUGCCCUUUCCGGAGCCGGCACAGGUGCCUAGGGCAAAUUUCUAUUCCUAUUAUGUUCACAACACGGAAAAUAUCCCUCUUACUGAGGCACAGGUAUGGUCUGUCGCCUAUUAUUUAACGCGAGCCGUGAAUGCCUUCUUCUUGUGGCACCCGGGGUACGUCAAAAUGCUUUUGGACGAGUGUGGGGAUCAGCAACUCAUUCCACCCCAAGUGGGUUUUGGAGAUGAAGUGGCCGUGGAAAACACGGGGAGCAGUUCUCAGCGUUAUCCGCCGUUAAAUUCACCGACCAAAUCUGAAAACUUUGACACCGUCCCAACUGUACCAAUCAUUUCGACAAGCGGAGAAGGACAAGAAUUUUUCUCCCCCACUUUUUUAUCCGUGGUGCCGGACGAGUGUUUCGUACUAUACCGUGAUGGUGUGCAGACUACAGUUUUCACACUUGUGCUUGGUGGCACGGUGCAGGCAUUUGUGGGCUCCAGUAAGUUUCCGCUUAGGCGACGCUCCUUUCAAUGGUUUGCCGAAGAGGCAUUAACUUUGGAGAACUACGUUCCCGAUUUUGACGCUUUUGUUUUGUCUCCAACGCGAGUUUACCUUAUCCCAAAAGACGUGUAUGCACGUUACCUUCGCUACAAUGAAAUCUACACACACACGUACGAUAAAAUUGUCAUGAUGGGCAAAAAAACGACGGGUAUGACUCAACAUGCGUCAUCGCAUGCAUUAUCAACUCAGCGGGAGGAAGUCUUUCAAAAGCGCCAGGCCAAGGGCGAUGACAGGGAAGGAUUAUUGAAAACUCAAAAGGAAAGUGGUUUGUAUGGUACCUUUGAUGAAAGUGGGAAGUGA